AUGUCUGAUGAAAUUGAUAUUGAAGAGCAUGACCUAUUGGAUAAUCCAACUAUUAGGAAGAUAUUUCCAGAUCUGUCGAUUAUAAAAAAAGAAAUAUCACAGUAUGAAGAAGGAUUAGAUACUGCUACUGAGAGAUCCACUUCAGAAGUCGUCGCUGCUAGUGAGGCAGAGGUAGAAUUAACAGAGUAUCAACAUGGUGACCCUGUAACAUGUAGGACAGAAGACUCAAAUUCUCAAAAGAACAUUCAACAAAUAGAUAAAGAUAGCCAACUAGAAGUGCAUCUAAGAUUUAAAACAUUUCUUGACUCUCUGGCUGAUGAUGGUUUGGAAAAUAGUGAUGAUAGCCUCAGUAAUACUUUUGAUGAUAUCAUUCCUUCAAGUCCAAACCAAUUAACUGAAUUUGUUAACAAUCAAAAUCAAAAGAACCUGAAGUCAUCUAAUAAUAUUUUUAUAUUAGGAUCAAAGCCUAAUUUAUCACACCCUGAAACUAAAAGAACUGAAAAAAAACAACUGAAAAUAGAACUAAAAAAUGUGUGGCCCUAUUUGAAGGGAAGCAAAAAGUAUUGUAAACAUUGUUUUAUAUUGUUCCCAAAUAUUGAGGCAUUGAAUUACCAUAGGAAAAACAUACAUAGUUUUAGAAACAGUGAUUCUUUAAAGAAAAAAAAGAAUCAGAAGAACAAAAAAAUUGAAUUUAUUACAAAUAAUUCUCGGUGUGAUAUAUGCCAGGUAACAUUAUGCUCAAAAGGCAAUCUUGUUAGACAUUUAAAAACAGUUCAUAAAGGAGCGGAACUUUAUAUGACUAAAAAAAUAAGAUUAUCCAAACAAAAAACUAAAAAGGCAUUGCAGAAAGAAAAAAAUAUGAAGUUAGACGAAAAUAAUUAUUGUUUUCAUUGCCACGAAGAAUUUGAAUCUCAGAGUUCUCUAAUUGAACAUCUUUAUGAUGUUUUAAAGACAAACAAAGAAGAAGUAGCUUCAAGGAAUUCCAAAGAAAGUCUAAAUGCAGAAAAAACACGAACUGCGCAACGCAAAAGUGAAGAUAGGAUAAAUAAAAAAGGAGAUAAUAAAUUGAAUAGUAAUUCUACUUCAGGUAAAUCCAUUGACUAUGAUUCAAGAAAAGCCUAUUCUGCAUGUAAAGUAUUACUUGAAUCAGAGGUUACAGAAAACGUACAAAAAAAGCUUAAUGAACUAACAGACAAUAAUAAACGUUUUACUAGAAAACAAAUGGACACUAGUGCUAAGAAGAAUAGUGAAGCAGAAUCAAUUGGUUCUAAUUUACUUUAUCAUGAGAAUGAUGAUUUUCCUGACUGUGUUUCAAAUGGCAGUGAUAACCAGGAUAAAGUUGAGAAUUCUAUAAACAUCAGUAUUGAAAAGAUACAAGCAUACCAAUGUUAUAUAUGCUCUCAAUAUAUGAAAUAUUGGCAACGGUAUAUUAACCACAUGGGUGGUCAUAAUAUAAAGAAUUUGAUUGCUGCAGAUACAGUUAUAUUUGACUCCCAAUGUCAGUUCUGCGAUCUGAAAAUGUCCUAUGACAUAAACCGGUACAAUAGUCACGUAUCGAAUUUUCAUCGUGAAAGAAUAUAUAAGAAGAUAAAUACAGAUGAAAAAGCAUUUCAUUCUGUUCUGUUUAAAUGUUUAAAAUGUGAAGUAUGUUUUUUGACUGCCAAAACAUCAAGGAAACAUUCUGAACAUGUGGCAAUAUUCGUUAAUUGGAAAUGCCCAGAUUGUCAUAACUUAUUUAAAAUUAAUGAUAGGGCAGUGCAUUUAAAACAACAUUUAUUAUCCAAAAAUAUUACUGCUUAUACUUUAUGUGACUCUGCACUGGACCGAGUUUUAUAUAAGUGUUUGAGAUGCGCAGUACAUUUUAGUGAAAAAGAAUACUUUAGUCAUUACGCAACAUGUGAUUUAAAAACGCCUAAUUCAGCUUAUUGUAAGACAUGUGAUAUUUUAGUUAACAGAAAUGAUUUGGCUUUACAUGAACUAAAACAUAAAGAUAAAAAACUGCAAUUAAAUGAUUUUACUCUUAUAGAGUCUGAUAUUAUAAAUAACACUAGAGCACAGAAUAGGGAGGUAAAACAUAUCCUUCUUACAAAAUCAAAAUUCUCUCUCACUUUUUGCUCCACAUGUAAUUGCUUCUUAGGCAACCUAGGAAGAAAGAGUAAGGCACACAUCGAAGGACGAUGCGGAAUUAUAAAUCCCAGGAUGUGCAGAAAAUGUGGACUUAUAUUCACAUCUAGAGGAUAUUUAUCACAUAAGAUGCUGCAUGAUAAAGUUAAGAAUUUAAAUUUGCAAUCUUUCUAUUUUUAUGACAUCAAAACUGAAAAACAAAUUCGGCCGCCUAUACCGAAAUAUCCUAAUUGUGAUAUUUGUGAAGUACACUUCCUGGGUAAAAAAUACAUUAAGGAACAUUUGUGUACUAAACAGAGCUCUGUAACGUGUAGCUUCUGUAAGAUUCAGCUUACUGAAGCGGCGUUAAAGUUGCAUUUACAUUUUCACAAUUAUAAGUUGUCAUUCACUAGACUGAGUAAUAAAAAAAAGGUAAAUUAUAAUACGGAAAACACGAUAACCAGUACUACGGACAAAUAUAACGGUUCCAAGAGUAUAGUAUCGACGAAAACAGCAAAGAAAUAUAACAUAUUAAGAUCUACUUUGAAAGAAAUGAAAAGUUCUAGUUCGGAAGUGGACGAAACUGUAACCAGUACUAAUAACAUUGAUAAUUCAUCAGCACGAAAUGUAAUUUCAAAUGUUCCCGAAAACACUAAUAUAAACGACUCAUCCUUAUUAUAUACAUGUAUCCUUUGUCAGACUACAGUCGAUAUGUACGAUAAAGCGAUCGAGCAUUGCCAUGAACACUAUGAUUAUAAAAAAAGUCUAUUAAUACACGAAAAUGGCUCCUCUGAUGACAAUUUUUAUGAGAAUAUUGCAACACAAAUAAAAUUUGAUCCAUUUUAUAUUCGUUUCGAUAAAGAUAUUUGGAUACAACAUAUUUUUGAAAAAUUAACAACCCAACAAGUAGCAUACAUACUUGACCAUUCCAAAUAUAAAUUCGAAUGCAGACUUAAAAUGGAAGAGGUUCAACACGGUUCACAUGCUAUCGUAAACGAUUCAACAUUGUAUAAAUGUGAAAUAUGUCGGUCUUAUGUGGAACCUAAGGAAUUGUACGCACAUGUUAGCACCAAAUGUACCGUUACACGAAAACACCCUUGUUCUCAUUGCGGCUUACGUUUUGCCUCUGAAUGUUAUAAAAACAUCCAUGAAAACAUUCACGAAAGCCAAUAUCCCAUCAAAAACAAAGCAUCAUAUAAAAUAAUUAAAUUCAAUAAACAAGCACACCACCAAUUCGUUGAGAUAAUGCUUGCUUCGCGUAAUAAAUUUAUUUUGUAUCAAUGUAGAAAUUGUGAAGUCGUUAUUGAUAAAUUACAUCGUGAAGUUCAUCAAUGCAGUAGUGUUGAAUUAAUUAAAUGUUCCUAUUGUGGUUUACUAUUUUAUGAUAAAGAUUUGAACGCACAUGUGAUUAAGCAUGAACUGAUUAAACAGUUCCAAACUGAAAAAAUGAUUGUUAUUAUGUUCGGUAAGUUGGGCUGCAAAAGAGACAACAAAGUAAAGCCUCUUUUCAAGGGAACCAUUUAUGAUUUUACUUUUUAUAAGUGUACAAUGUGUGGAUUGUGCUUUAAAACAAAAAACAGUAUACAUAAACAUGUUUGUGUAUCCAACUCAUAUGAAUCUCAGUGCCCUAAAUGUUGUUUGAGUUUUUUCAAGAAAGAUAUUGAAGAACAUUUACAACUACAUGAGAAUCUUUUAGAACUAGCUGCCGGUGAUUUUAAUUCUAAUAUUAUAAGUUUUACUAAAAAUACAGUAGUACAGGAUACCUCUUUAAACGAAAUACAAGAAGAAAUAGACAAAAAAAGUAAUAUAAAUAAUUUAAUGGACGAUAAUAUGACACAAAAAAUAUACAAAUGUGGGUGUGGCUUGCAUUUUUUAGAAGAAUUAAAUGCAAAGAAACAUUUGCUAAAUUGUAAUCCUAGGAUGAAAAUAUCAAAACAAAAUUGCUUUAAAUGUGAUUUGUUAUUUACACCUGGGGAACUAUUCAACCAUCUAUUGAAACAUCAUAGCAAUAAAAAGUUGCAGUAUCGGUAUAAUAUAAUAAGCGUGUUAGAAACCGGUGAAUACGAAACUGCGGACAGUCAAAAAACCCCGCGCCUAUUACAAUAA